AUGACCGCGCCACUCAUCCUCCAACGCAUCCCCUUCUUCCGCACGCAAACCGACACCAUCAUGUCCUCAGCCGAAAAGAAAGACCCUCUCAUCACAACGCGCCUGCUCACUCCCAUCGAAGACGACAUUGAGUCUCACCCUUCCAGCACCGACACCUCUCCCUCCCACCCCGGCUCCCCCUCCGAUGAGCUCACCACCAUCAACACCCUCACACGCCGCCUCAAGCUCGCACGGGGCGUCAUCUGCGUCCUAUCCUUCACCACUCUCGCCUUCCUCCUCUUAUUCCUGCUGUCUUUAGCUCACAACCAGUCCGGCCUCCCCCUCCCGACCGCCGCCACCACCACCAACACAGCUUUCUCCUCCUACACACCAGGCCACCAACACCCCUCCUCUCCCGGCCUCAGCCCAGCAGACACAUUCCCCUCCCUCGCUACCUCAGGCGCGCUGUCCUACACCCGCCACCCCUUCCCCGUCCACUUACACAACAACCCGUUCUCCGGCCCGCCGCGGCCGGAACUAGACGCUGCAUGGCACGAGUUGUUCGAAGAUAUCCGCAUCCGGGUGUCUGCUGAAGACCUGGCUUUCUACAACGUGUCGUCCAUCCCGCUGGCCCAGACUCAGGAUGAUCAGGCUAGGGAAGGGGGAGGCGGGGGAGGGGGGCGAUGGUUCGCAGCCGAAUUAGGCGUCCACCACGAACUACACUGCCUGAAGAAAAUCCGGCACUGGAUCCAUCGGGACUAUUACGGGCUUUAUCUGAAAGAAGAUGGGAGGGAAGGAGGAAUGGAGGAGGGGGAAAUGAGGGAGAUGCAGGCGCAUGUGGAUCAUUGUGUGGAGAUGAUUAGGGAGGCGAUUGUUUGUAGGGGGGAUACGAGUUUGUCGAGUUUUGAGUGGGUGGGAAACAACCCGAUAGCCGCUGGGAAUGGGAGUGGGGGAAAUGGUGGGGGAAAAGGGGAUGGGAAGGGGGAGGAGGGAGGAGGAAGGGGAGGGGCAAGACUCACGGCUGUGGCGAAGGGGUGGCAUACUUGCGUUAAUUGGGACAGUUUGAUGGGGUGGGUGAGGGAGCGGCAUGUGAAGGUUUUUGAGGAGGGGUUUUGGAGGGUCCGAUGGGGUUGUGAGAGCGGACAGGGGGGGUGA